GGAGUUUCAAUAUUUUUAGAUCAUUCCAUUGGUCCUUAAGUUAAAUCGCCACUAAACCCGGGCACCGGGCCAUGCAAAACGAGCUGGCCCAUUCUUUCCAAGCCAACCCAGCCAACCUCUGUCCCCGCUUCCCGGAGCAGAGCAGACAUAAAAACAACAAACACAGAGAGCAGUCAGUAGUAGCCUACAUACUCCUGGGUGUUCGGUUUGUCAAGGGCUUUUAUGAGAGAAAAAACAGGACGCCGUUUUACCCGCAAGACAUGGGGGAAGACUACCACGGUGUAGGCUUCAUAUGACAUUGUUGCUGUUGUAGCGAUACCGACGGACGACACCAAUGGUUUAUCUAACGGGAGCUCAGUGCGAGGGACGCAGUAUCAAGCUGGGUUCCCCUGAUGUGAUGUUCGAUGCCAGCACCUGGAGGAUACGCAACAUCUGGGACGGGGUGAAACUAGAGGUCGCCGGGGAUGCGAGCCCUGUUGUCUUGCAUAGCUUCACCCAACUGGACCCUGACCUUCCGCAGUUGGAGAAUACGACCCAGGAGAUCGGUGAGGAGGUGGAGGACGGGGCGGUGUACACCAUCACCCUGCGGAAGGUUCAGAUGCUCCACCACCACCACCACCACCAUCCUGGCCAUCACAGUGGCGGCAGCGGGGCAAGUAAGGGCCAGCGCUGGCUGGGUGUAGAGACAGACGCGGCCCUCAGCCUGUACGAGACGUGCAAGGUGCGCACCAUCAAGGCAGGCACGCUGGAGAAGCUGGUGGAGUACAUGGUCCGGGGCAACGAUUCCACCUACGUCACCAUCUUCCUCUGCACCUACCGCUCCUUCACCUCCACCAAGCAGGUCCUGGACCUACUGCUCAACAGGUAUGCCAAACUCCAGCUUGGAUCAGAGGGCCACAGACUGACUCACGAGGAUCGUACAGAACUGAGGAACACAAUAUCCUCCAUCUUGGGGGCGUGGCUGGACCAGUAUUCUGAGGACUUCUGGAAGCCUCCGGAGUACAGCUGCCUGCGACGGCUAAUCUCCUACCUGCACCUCAACUUCCCAGGAUCGGACCUGGAACGCCGCGCCUGCAACCUCCUGACACACUUCCACCGCCGACAGCUCCAGGAGCCCGAGCACGAGUUGCUGGACCAUGGUGGCUAUCCGUUCACCCUACUGGAGGAGAAUGGCUACGAGGAUGAGCAGCUGGACUUCCUGAACUUUGACCCGGCGGUGGUGGCCGAGCAGUUCACCCUCAUGGAUGCGGAGCUCUUUAAGAAGGUGGUUCCCUACCACUGUCUGGGGAGUAUUUGGUCGCAGCGGGACAAGAAGGGCAAGGAACACCUGGCCCCCACCAUCCGUGCCACUGUCACCCAGUUCAACUGCGUCACCAACUGUGUCAUCGCCACAUGCCUGAGCGAGCGCUCGCUCAAACCCACGCAGCGCGCCAAGCUGGUGGAGCGCUGGAUCGAAGUGGCCAGGGAGUGUCGAAUCCUGAAGAACUUUUCUUCACUGCGGGCUAUCCUCUCUGCUCUGCAGUGCAACCCGGUCCACCGGCUGAAGAGGACAUGGGACGAGGUGUCCAGGGAGAACUUCCGCAUCUUCCAUGAGUUGUCAGAAAUCUUCUCUGACGAGAAUAAUCAUUCGCUCAGCAGAGAGCUGCUCAUUAAGGAAGGCACGUCCAAAUUCGCCACCCUGGAAAUAAACCCCAAACGAGCCCAGAAGAGACAGCAGCAACCCCGAGACCUGAGUGUGAUGCAGGGGACCAUUCCCUACCUGGGCACUUUCCUUACAGACCUAGUCAUGAUGGACACAGCCAUGAAGGACUACCUGGACGGAGGGCUGAUCAAUUUUGAGAAGAGGAGGAAGGAGUUUGAGGUGAUUGCCCAGAUCAAGCUUCUGCAGCUGGCCUGCAACAACUAUAACUUCACCCGAAACAAGCGUUUCCGAGAGUGGUUCUCCGGUGUGGACAAACUCACAGAGGCUGAGAGCUACAGCCAGUCAUGUGAGAUCGAGCCAUUGUCAGAGUCAGCCUCCAACACUCUCAAGAAGAAGAACACAGGAAUCAUCAAACGCUGGAGCGAUCGCCAGCCUGCCAGUUCGGAGCCAGGCUGCAGCAGUGCGGGCAGCUCCCACUCCAAGUCCUUUGACCAGCUGCGUUACGCCCCCUGCCUGGGGGGCUCGGGUGGAGGUGGAGGGGGUGAUGGAGCGGACUCCCUGAGCGUCACCUCUGCUGGCUCCAGCAGCUCCGAUGUGGAAGAGAUCAAUAUCAGCUUCAUCUCCGACUCACCCGAUGUCCACGAGCGAAAGACCUCCACGCCUUCCGUAAAACAUUCCAAUUCCACGUUAGGGAAGUGCGGCCCCUUGCCUGACCUGGCACCCACGUUCUGGGAGUCCACCUCUCUGUCCUCCUUGGAUGCCUCUGGUCUGGGCUCUGGCUCGGGCUCCAGUAGCGCCUCCUCCUCCUCCAUGUCCUCCACGCCUGUGGCGGGUGCGGGCUCCCGCUCACACAAGCGCUCCGUGUCGGGCGUGUCCAGCUACUCGUCGCUGUCACUGCCCCUCUACAACCAGCAGGUGGAUGACUGCUGCAUCAUCCGGGUCAGCCUGGACGUAGACAACGGCAACAUGUACAAGAGCAUCCUGGUGACCAGUCAGGACAAGACGCCGGCAGUGGUCAGGAAGGCCAUGGUGAAACACAACCUGGACCGGGAGAGAGCGGAGGAUUACGAACUGCUGCAGAAGAUCUCUGAGGAGAAAGAGCUGAAGAUUCCAGACAAUGCCAACGUUUUCUAUGCCAUGAACUCUUCGGCCAACUACGACUUUGUCCUGAAGAAACGCGGCUUCCCCAAGGUGGGCCGGACCAAGCACGUGGCCAGCUCCACCCUGCCGCGAAUGAAGCAGAAAGGCCUGAAAAUCGCAAAAGGCAUCUUCUGAGGGGCAAUGCCAUGUCACCAGAAACCCUCACCCACCUCCCUGCUUCCUGCUGGGCUUUCUGGGUGCCAUCUUUGAGUGCCACCCCUGCUGUGCCAUGGUAGAGGGGCCUGUUGCCAGCUUGGCCGUGUUCAGCAUCUGAGCGUGAAUGCCUCAGAGGACUAAUAAAGCUGAAUGGAAUGGAAAUCCCUAUUGGCCAAUGAACUUGCACUCAACUCCAUUUUGCGAGGCAGGUGACUGUCCUUGUGGAAGUAGUGACUCUGUGUGGAUGCUAUGUAUGCUUACCCACAUCUGACCCCUCUCCCAGGUGUUUCCUAACCAGGCUACAACCCAUGUUCAGGGCACUUCCUGUGAGUCCACAUCACUUCCUGUUAGCUUCACAGCUCUCUGUGGAUGCCCUAAUCGAGAGGGGAAAACCUGAGUAAAAAUAUAACUAUGUCAUCUAGGUGCGUAGGAAAAUGAAUUCCUCCCCUCUAAAGGAGUUACACUCCCUCUAGUUUCUACAGACCUCUCCCUCAGCAAAGGUUCAGGUACUAUUUUUUUACACUCCUUUCUAGACUUACCAUCAACUGCAUCUGUUUCUUCGAUGUUCCGCGACACGCGGACUGAGACAGAUGGACAGAUGCUCAGUACUGCCAGCUAGCGGAGGGAAACGCGUUCCAACGAACCACUAAAAGGAUUUUGGGAGAGAAAGGCCCCUACUGGAUAGAUACAUUGGGUUGUUAACCAAUCAUCAGAAACUUUACUCCUUUUAACUCCUCACUGCUAAUGGGAACAUGUCCCGUUUGUUAAACUAACACUAUUCACACAAAUAGGGCAUUAUUAUUACUACAAACAUUCAAUAAUAGCUCAUUUUGUCACUGCUUUGAUGCGGCGGCACUCUGCAUUUGUGCAUUGCGUCUUAUUUCUCCAAGUGGUGCUAACAGACAAUGAAAUGCUACAGCCAGCCCGCCCCCUCCCUCCCCCUUUUAUUUCAUGCCUGAUGUCUUUCAGUUUCACGCUAGAUUUUGAGAGAGAGGCUCUCUCCUGACAUGAAGGAGUAGGCAGCCAUGAGGGCUCAAUGAUGAUGGUUCAUGGAAAUAGUGCAACUGAGGCAUCCAGCAUGCAUUUUGGUUCAGUAUUUGUUUUAAUGGGUGCAUUUCUGGGAAGCCAAAAAAAGCGAUGUGGCCAGUUAGAGUACAUUAUGGUGACCUGAAAUGCACAAAGUCGGGCGGCCAUUGCGGCUCAAACACGAUGGCACUAAAUGGCUUCUCCUCGAUUGGCAAUGCCUUAGAGAGUAGAACUGCCUACAUGUGAGCCGAAUGGCACAAAAUGUCUGUUGUUGGCAUGGUGACCACUCCCUCAGAUCAUCAAGAAAGUUAGCUCCGAGCCAUUUGAUGGACCCCAAUGUGUGCUAGACCCUCUUGUCAAUGAUUUGCAGGAGGAGAGAAAUGUAUGUAAAAGGACACUGUGCUCCCUUUUAACUAGAAGUGCGUGUGUGGAAAGUACUCAAGCACUUGGAGAGAGAGAUGUAUGUUGUAUUGUGAAAUGAAGCGUGGUUUUUAAAUGUCCAGUCUUUUUGUUCCCUAUAGUGUAAAGAAGAAGAAACGAGAAUGAAAGGACUGUCCCUUUUGUUUGCUCCCUUCCUUUCAUCACAAGGCCUUUCAUCCUUGUGUACCAGGGUUGGAGGUCAACUUCAUUUCAAUUCAGUUAAUUCAGCAGAUAAAUGAAAAAGAGGAAGAGAAAGUACAACUCAACUAAAACAUUCAACUCCACGUGUGCCAAAGACCGGUGGACUAUGAUGAAGUAUGAGGUGGUUUCGGGAGCAUUGAGAUUUGAAGUGGAGGGAGUGAGUUUGCCUGCUGUUGAGAGGCUCAGAAGUUGUGUGAUUCUUUGUGUAUGAGAUGAGUCCUUGGUUUGUAGUACCCCAUGUCUAUCCAUUUCCUACAGUAUUGCAGCACUUUGGAUCAAACCUAAUAUCCCCAUUUAACAGCAGCCAUGACAGUAGUGUUGUGGAUUACAGUGUUAAAACUCAAGCCUUUGCUCAAAGAGUUUUCUGAAACGAGUGACUUUUUGACUGUGACCGUGUCACACUGAGUACGGUUACAUGCACACAAUAAUACAAUUAUUGUGAAUAGACAAAUUAAUAUAAUAGUUUGAUUAAAAUGUUUACAUGCUUUGCAAGAAUAAAUGAUUUCCCUCAUAGUUGUGUUUACAUGGAGCCAUCUGAAAUCAGACAACCUGGUGGGACUUUGAUGAAUGCAGAAUAUCAGCAAUCAAAAUAAACGUUCUACCACAGCGACCAUGUUAUCUUUGUAAAGCAUAGUUGAUUCUGAGUUCGGACAUACAACGUUUAUGUGAAAACGACUUCUAAGAUGUGUACUUUAAGUUUUUCCUAACUCACUUCACUCGUGCAAAACAAGGAAGCUCGCCCUGCUUGCACUAACACACACACACACACACACACACACACACACACA